AUGGAGAAGCAGCCGGAGGUGGUGGUCUCCCCUCGUCGGAACCCUGGGAAGGUGGUGGCUCGAGCGCCGGAGGAGAAAUCCAACACAUCGGGCAGUGGAGGGGAGAAGAAGAGAGAUGGGCCUAAUGAUUUCAAUAGCCCAGUUCAUAUAUCUUUGGGCCUCAAAGCCCAGAUAGAUGAGGCUGAUAUUAUUUUUCCCCUAAAGGAGUUUGUGGUUGGGCCGAAGCCCAGUAUGCAGAAUGGGCCGAGAGGCGGGCCUAGGAGGAGGCCCAAACCGCCAAGGAAGAUCACUCAACGAAUUACCAAGGCACUCGGAGUAAAAAAGAAGAUCAAACACAGCCUUUUCAGAGGGUUUCGUAUACACAAGCACGCGUUCUUAGCUCGCGAGGAUCCAGAUAUGGGGAACCCAUCUUUGAACGGGGUGCAUAGGCCGUUGCCCUCGGAAACGUGCCCUGAGGAAGGGCAAAAAUCGAAGGACUCGACAAACCCGGUGGUUAAAGGGAAACCACCGGCUGACGCCUGA